GCUGGGGGCAUCGCAGGUUUGAAGCUUACUAAAAAGCAGGUCACUUUAACUGAUUCUUAAAACAUUAAACUAUUUAAAUUCUAAAAACAAGAAGCAAUACUUCCAGUAUCGUGUCUCGUGGACACCAUUUCUAGUACUGGUAAUACUUUAUUUUUAUUUGUUUGUAUAAUUCCAAUAGAAUACUCUUUUGGAUCCUUUAAAAAGGUUUUUGAAGUGCUGAGCCGGUAGCAUCCAAAUGAACAUUUGGAACUUGUGGUAUGUCACUGGCAUAUUUCUUAAUAAAUUCAAGUUGUUCCCUACUAAAUAUAAAUACCGUUAAAGGUUCGCAAACCUUGAAAAUAUAAUUGUAAUUUUCUCGCGCCAUUAAUACCUUAUCAAAAACGUUAUCUACAGAUCUAUAUUGAUUAGAAAGUGCUUCAGUUUUAAUUUUGCGAUAGACGACAAGUGAUUUUGCUCUCCUAAUGUUUUUUCGUAUACGAAACUUUUUUGAAACAUGAUUUAACAUCUUCUUUUCGUAUAUCUAAAGGCGCGUAUCCACUGAAAAGUUGGCAACUUUUGUGUUUGCAACUCUUCCGAAGUCACCAACUUUUGUUUUUUAUCGUUGUCCACAUCUAAACAUAAAGUUGUCAACAAUAAUUUAGGAAACAUGUUAGUUGGCAACUGGCAGUCUCCAUCAAGACUAUUGUGUUGACAAAAUGGGGUCGAUUGAUGACGAUAUUAUCUUAGCAGCUGCAUCAUUUAUUAUUUUGAGUAAAAAAAAGAAACGAAAACAUAAAUAUUGGGUACGACCAAGCCUCAUAGGAAGAAACACACAUGGAGGAAUUGAGUUAAUAAAUGCUUUGAGAAAAGAUGAUUUGUUAGCAGGACGUAUUGAAGACGGACAAAUAAGAAACUUUCUCCGUAUGACUGAUUCCGAUUUUGAGUGGUUGCUCAAUCUUGUUGGACCAAAAAUUACAAAAAAUGACACUAAUUUUAGAAAAGCCAUCACACCUACCGAACGCCUACUAAUUACUUUAAGAUUUUUGGCUACCGGAGAUUCCUACACUUCAUUAAUGCAUUUAUUUAGGAUUUCAAAGCAAGCGAUUUCAAAAAUUGUACCAGAAGUAUGUAUAGCAAUAUGUGAAGUUCUUGGCGAUCAAAUAAAAAUGCCUGGAACUGCUGAAGAGUGGAAAGUAGUGGCAACACAGUUUAAUAAUCUAUGGAAUUUUCCACAAUGUACAGGAGUUAUGGACGGAAAACAUAUUAUGAUUCAAUCACCAGAACACAGUGGAAGCGAUUACUUUAAUUACAAAUCGUUUUUUAGCAUUGUGCUUUUUAUUGUUGCUAAUGCAAAUUACGAAGUGUUGUAUAUGAAUGUUGGCUGCCAGGGACGCAUAUCGGAUGGUGGUGUUUACGAAAAUACCCAGUUCAAAAGAAUGUUGUCCGAAUGUAAACGUAAUCUACCUAAUAAUGAAAAGCUUCCUGGUAGAGCCAUGGCUGUUCCUUAUGUUUUUCUGGGUGACGAUGCUUUUCCAUUGUCACCAAAUUUGAUGAAACCUUAUCCAGGUACCCAAGAAAAAGGAUCACAGGGAAGAAUAUUUAAUUAUAGACUAUCAAGAGCGCGAAGGGUAUCAGAGAAUGUGUUCGGAAUAUUAUCUGCACGAUUUCGAGUUUUCAGAAAAAUAAUGUUACUUGAACCAACGAAAGCGGAGACAAUUGUGACUGCUUGUAUUUGUUUACAUAAUUAUUUAAGAAAAAAAAAUCAAGGACCACCUACACUCCACCUGGAACUUUCGAUUCUGAAGACAAAGACAGUGGUAAUAUUAUUUCUGGAGCUUGGAGGAACGAGAUGCAAAACAAUAUGCCAUUCCAUAGUUUCGAUAAGAGAGCUCGGAAAUCAAGUAGUGCUGCGAAAGAUGUGAGACAAGAAUUUGCAGAGUUUUUUAUGACCGCACAAGGGAACAUUCCUUGGCAAAAUGACUAUUAACAAAUUAUAUAAAGUAACGAAACAAACAGCAAGAAAAUUAAUUAAUGCAUUAAUAAUAUUAAUUUUAUGAAGUUAUUUUAUUUUUUUUAAGUUAGAAGUUAACUAACUUUCUACUAACUGCUAAAUUACUAGAAUAUGAUACGUUAUGAUCCUCUUUCAAUCGUAGUUAUUCAUAGCUUAUAAAUCGUAAAAUAAAUACAAUAUUGUUGCAUA